AUGCCUCGCGACCCGUUAAUUGGGCUUGUUGGCAAGCCUUCCUCUGGGAAAUCUACAACAUUGAAUAGCUUAACAGAUGCCUCAUCUAAAGUUGGUAUAUUUACGACGAUUGAUCCUCAGCGUGCUAUCGGAUACCUACAAGUAGAUUGCGCUUGCAGCAGAUAUAACCUACAGGACCGAUGCAAGCCCAAUUAUGGCGGAUGUCACGAUGGCCGCAGAUCUGUACCGAUUGAACUUCUAGACGUUGCAGGUCUUGUACCAGGAGCUCAUGAAGGGAAAGGUCUUGGGAAUAAAUUCUUGGACGAUCUAAGACAUGCAGAUGCGUUGAUCCAUGUGGUGGACGUUAGCGGAACUACCGAUGCUGAAGGAAAGGUCACGAGAGGAUAUGACCCGUCUCAGGAUAUCGUCUGGUUAAAAUCUGAGAUUGUUAGGUGGAUAGAAGGAAAUUUAAUGGACAAAUGGGGCUCUGUCAAGAGGAAGCAUAUCGCAACAAAGUCAACUGCGGUCGAGACCUUGCAGACACAGUUUUCUGGGUAUGGAAGUACGUCGAAAGUGGUUGCAAGGUGCCUUGACCGAAUGAAUUUGAAAGAACCACUAGAAGAAUGGUCAAACGAGACCAUUUCUAAAGUGGUUGUAUCAUUUAUAGACGAAAAGUUUCCGACCGUUAUAGCUUUGAAUAAAAUUGAUCAUCCCGACUCAGAUAAGAAUAUUAGUAAAAUCGCCAAACAGGAAGACCCUAAAUCUAUUGUGCUCUGCUCUGCAAUCUCAGAAGUUUUUCUACGGAAGUUAACAAAGCAGGGAUAUAUUAAAUAUUUAGAGGGGAGCGAAUUUGUAGACACGAGGGAAGACCUGAUAGAAAUGGGUGAUCCCGAGGGUGGAGGCCUAAAGGAAAUGGACGAAAAAUUAAAAAAUCGUGUCGAGAAUUUGAAAGACCUUGUCCUCUAUCGGUUUGGGUCUACCGGGGUUGUGCAGGUACUUUCGCGUGCUGCUGAAUUGCUAGGGCUGGUCCCUGUAUUCCCAGUACGAAAUGUUCACACGUUUGCAUCCGGCGCGACAGGGAAUGCCGUGUUCAGAGAUUGUGUUCUGGUCAGCAAAAAUAGUACAGUGGGGGAUGUAGCCAGAAAGGUCAUGGGAGACGUCCCAAUUGCCUUUGUAGAAGGAGCUGAGGGAACAAGAAUCUCUGAAGACGAAAUUGUAUCAAUUGGGAAACACGACAUACUUUCCUUCAAGGUUGGUAGAUGA